CCGUGCGCGGAAACCCCGCGGCAUCACACGAGCCGACGAUCAGGUGCAGGAAACACAAGAUGGCGGCGAUCGGCAGAUAGUCAAACGCUGGCGGUCAGAAACAGAGUGAUGAUAAUAAAACCAAACAAGAGACCUAAACGCCUGUCUAAAUAAGACAUUAAGAGCAUUAUGUGAGGUUGUGUGUGUAGAUUAGUGAUCGAGUUUUCAGCCGCUUUUUUUACUUAAUCAGUUUGUGUGCCGGACUCGGGCUUAUUCGAGGUAAACUACCACGGUUUAGUUCAGUUAAAGAGGAUUUAAAUGCCGGUGUGAUUGAUUUUAUUACGUCAGUCAGGUAAAGUGUCUGUUAUCAGAGGUGAAGAGUCUGUAAGUGGGUUUUCAUGAAGUUUUGCGGUCCGUAGAUCAGGAAGAUCCUGAGGUAAACUGGUAACGUUAGUGAGUGAGUGGAUGUUUUGUUACCGAGUUAAAGUAGUUGGGUUUGUUGUGUGUUUAUUGAGGUUUAGUUGACUGAGAGCCAGCUGUGUGUAUAAAAGUGAUGACGGUGAUAGUUCAAUGCUGUUUUCUGUUGUAAAUAACCCUGAUAAUAUAGUUUAACGGCUGCUGGUGUUAGAGUAUUAGACUGCUGGUUAUCUGUGGUAAAUAUGACAGAUAAUAGAGUCUGAAUUAUGCUCGCGUUAGUCUUUUAGACUACUGGUUAUCUGUGGUAAAUAUGGCACACAGUAGAGUUUGAAGGCUGUCAUUGUUAAGUUUAGUGUCUUGAAGAUGAGUGACACUCGUCGUCGUGUGAAGGUCUAUACUCUGAAUGAGGACAGACAAUGGGAGGACAGAGGUACUGGACAUGUGUCCUGCUCUUAUGUGGACACACUGAAGGACACAUCACUAACCGUCACUGCUGAAACCGAUGGAUCAUUAUUACUGGAGUCUAAAAUUAAUCCCAACACUGCUUAUCAGAAACAACAGGACACGCUCAUUGUUUGGUCUGAAGCGGAAACCUACGAUCUGGCGCUGAGUUUUCAAGAGAAAGCAGGCUGUGAUGAAAUCUGGGAAAAGAUCUGUCAGGUGCAGGGGAAAGAUCCAUCCGUGGAGAUCACUCAAGACCCCAUUGAUGAAUCUGAGGAGGAGCGUUUCGAGGAGAUCCCAGAGACCAGUCAUUUAGUGGAGCUUCCACCCUGUGAGAUGAGCCGGCUAGAGGAGAUUGCCGAGCUGGUGACGUCUGUGCUGUCGUCGCCCAUCCGAAGGGAAAAGCUGGCUCUUGCCCUGAUGAGCACGGGAUACAUGAAGAAGUUGCUUCAGCUCUUUAGGGUGUGCGAGGACUCGGACCAUAGAGAAGAGUUGCAUCAUCUGUACGAGAUUGUACGUGGCGUGCUCUUCUUAAACAAAGCCACCCUGUUCGAGCUCAUGUUUUCAGAUGACUGCAUUAUGGAUGUGGUGGGCUGUUUGGAGUAUGACCCGGCACUGGUUCAGCCCAAGAGACAUAGGGAGUUCCUCACGAAGACGGCAAAAUUCAAAGAGGUGAUCCCCAUCACAGACUCGGACCUCCGACAGAAGAUUCACCAGACGUAUCGAGUACAGUACAUUCAAGACAUCAUACUGCCCACACCGUCUGUCUUUGAGGAGAACUUCCUGUCCACGUUAACCUCGUUCAUCUUCUUCAAUAAGGUGGAGAUUGUCAGCAUGCUUCAGGAGGACGAGAAGUUUUUAACGGAGGUGUUUGCUCAGCUGACUGAUGAGGCCACAGAGGAGAAUAAGAGAAGAGAGCUGGUCAACUUCUUUAAAGAGUUUUGUGCAUUCUCACAGACACUGCAACCACAAAACAGGGAUGCUUUUUUCAAAACGCUGGCAAAUCUUGGAAUUUUACCUGCACUAGAAAUUGUUAUGGGUAUGGAUGAUGUACAGGUGAAGGCUGCUGCCACUGAUAUCUUCUCAUAUCUGGUGGAGUUCAGUCCGUCUAUGGUCCGAGAAUUUGUCAUGCAGGAGCCACAGCAAGCUGAUGAUGAUGUUCUGCUGAUUAAUGUGGUAAUAAAGCAGAUGAUCUGUGAUUCAGACCCUGAGCUCGGUGGUGCUGUGCAGCUUAUGGGUCUUCUGCGGACUCUCAUUGACCCGGAGAACAUGCUCGCUCCAGCCAACAAGACUGAGAAGGGCGAGUUUCUGAGUUUCUUCUAUAAGAACUGCAUGCAUGUGCUCACAGCUCCACUGCUGGCCAUCACCACCGAUGAGAGCGCUGAUUUGACUGAGGGAUCCACUAAAGUCAAUCCUGUUUGUCCAGAUAACUUCCAGACGGCUCAGCUUCUGGCUCUGAUCCUGGAGCUUCUGACCUUCUGUGUGGAGCACCACACGUACCAUAUCAAGAUCUACAUCAUGAACAAAGACCUGUUGAGGAGAGUGUUGACACUCAUGAACUCCAAACACACCUUCCUGGCAUUGUGUGUUCUGCGCUUCAUGAGAAGAAUCAUUGGGCUAAAGGAUGAGUAUUAUAACCGCUACAUCAUGAGAGGAAACCUGUUUGAGCCGGUUAUCAACGCUCUGUUAGACAACGGGUCCAGAUACAACCUCCUGAACUCGGCCAUCAUUGAGCUCUUCGAGUUCAUCAGAGUGGAGGACAUCAAGUCUCUGAUCGCACACAUUGUCGACAACUUCUACAAAGCGCUGGAGUCCAUCGAGUACGUGCAGACGUUUAAGGGUCUGAAGGGCCGAUACGAUCAGGAGAAGGACAGACAACAGAGUCGAGGAUUCAGCAGGUAUCGCAGGGACGGUCGCUCAUUUGAUGGGGACAAGGACAUGUGGCUGAAUGAAGAUGAGGAAGAAGAAGAAGAUGAAGAAGAGGAGGAUGCAGAAGCAGACUUGGACAAGUGCAAGACAGAUUAUGGGAAGUACAUGGAGAAUGAGAAAGUUAAAGAAUGUCAAGACAAAGAGAAUCAGCCCAAGCGGACGUCCACAGGCAGCUUUAAGUUUACCAUCUCUCAUUCUUCAGGGGCUGCAAACAGCUCCAAACCUCCACCCUCGGCUUCCUCCAACAGCUCCAAACCAGCCACACCCACCUCCAGCCAGACACCGAGGACUGGACUGGUGGGCCUCGUGGACUAUCCAGAUGAUGAAGAUGAAGAUGAAAAGGAGGAAAGUGAUGAAGAGGAGCAGUCCCCAAGGAAACGGCCUCGUCUAGGUUUAUAAGACCGGUUGCAGUCCUGUUUCCUUUGUUUAAUGGUACUGCUGUCUCUCAUCUCCUACCUCCAAUCACAGCAGCAGCAGCAGUCGUCUUCAUGGCGUCAGGGCUCAUGGGACAGCCACACACAGGCUAGCAGGACUAGCCACAGUACUGAAUGCUGACUGGCUGUAAGAGUGACAUUAGCACAACUUUUGCAGUCCUGAAAGUACUGUGUAGUUUUCUUUUCACUUUUUAAUUGUGUUCUGAGUGUUUUUUUAUUAUUUAAUUAAUAAUGAGCCCCUGCCAGUGUCGUGUCUUUUGCACAUCAGCGCAGGCCCUUAUUAACCUUUUAAUCAGUUGUCUGUAAUACUGUCUGAAACAUCACAUCGCUGGUUUUUAAAACAUGAAAUUGUGGCAAAGUGUUUUUUUGCAGCCGAGUAGCAGAUGUCUGAGUCAUGUGAUGUGAACUGUUUCUGAAGGCUUGAGAGGUUACAGCAGUGUUUCCCAUCAGGAUGUGUCGGAUAACAACACAUCACGCUCUUCAGCAGAGAAAGAAGAUGAGCUUUUCAAUCCAAAUAAUAAUAAGAUAACCGAAAGUGUUUUCAUAGAUCUGCAUUCUUCUUAACAUUGGACCUGACAUCUUUUAAAAUGUUCGGAUCUAAAUAUUAAAAACUGUUUCUUCAUUUUUGUGUAAUUUCCUACUAGUACCACUUCCGUUAGAGAGCAUUUGUAAAAGUUUAAUAUUUUUUACAGUUUUCUGAUUAAAUUUGGUUCUGAAUUAAACAAA